AUGAAGGUCUUUUCCAACACAGAAACCUUCAACUACUCCUGGGAGGAGGUAUCAACCGCCAACUGGCGGAAAUACUGCCCAUGGAACGACAAGUCCACCCACGUUCUCGCCGUCGACACCAUCAGCCGGACCGUCGACCCCGAGACUGGCAUCCUGCGCACAGAACGCCUCAUCACCUGCAAGCAGAGCAUGCCUGAGAUCUUGAAGAAGAUCCUGGGCGCCGGCAUGGAGGAUCAACAAGUUUUUGAGACGUCCUAUGUCGACCCAAAGCAGAGGACCGUCACCAUGGUCUCGGAGAACAUCACAUGGAACAACCUUCUCAACGUUCAGGAGACGGUUGUCUACAGACCACUCAAUGACCAUCAGACAUCCUUCGAGCAGGCGGCCAAGAUCACCGCUCUGUGCGGCGGGUGGCAGAAGAUUAAGAACAGCAUGGAGGACGCGCUCGUCAAGAGGUUUCGCGACAACGCUGCCAGGGGCAAGGAAGGGUUCGAGGCUGUGCUUGCCAUGAGCAGGAGGGUGUUCGCCGAGGAGCAGCAGCGGGAGAAGAUGAUGCUCAUCCAAGCCCAGGCCGUCAACAUCCGCAUGGCUGCUUAG